AUGAAGUUCACUGGAAUCGUCGCUUCUCUGGCCAUUGCCAGCUCUGCCUCUGCUCUUGCUAUCCCUCAGACUCCUGUUGAUGCUACGCUCAGCAAGCUGAACGGUGUCCUCGGCAGCGUUGAAGGCCUCGUCGGUGGUCUCCUCGGCGGCGUCUGCAAGGAUGUUGACCUCACUCUGGUCCAGACUGACCUCACCGAUAUCAAGGGUCAGCUGGUCAAGCUUGUUCCUGUCGCUGUUCCCGCCAAGCGUGACGUUGCAGGCCCUGUUAACGGUCUUACCACACCCGUGACCAACGUUGCUGGCCCUGCUGUUGGCACCGUCGAAAACACCGCUGGGGCCGCCGUAGGCACCGUUGAGAACACUGCCACUGGUGUCGUCAAGACUGUUACCGGCACCGUCGGCAUCAAGCGCCAGGAAGUUGGCCAGCUCACCACCCUUGCUGAGAGCCUUGUCACCAAGAUCCAGAACAAUGCCCUUGAUGCUGCUGGACUCGAGAACGUCCUCAACAUUCUCGGCCAGACCGGUGGUCUCUCCGCUGUCACCACCAUCCUCAACCUCCUCCAGUAA